ACGUGGUCCCUUCACCCGGGCUCUGCUCUUGCCUUCUCCACACUUGUUUGAUUUAUGAGGAAUCCAAGAUGAACUUGGAGCAGGAGAGGCCGUUUGUCUGCAGUGCCCCAGGCUGCUCCCAGCGCUUCCCAACAGAGGACCAUCUGAUGAUUCAUAGGCACAAGCAUGAAAUGACUUUGAAGUUUCCUUCAAUAAAAACAGACAAUAUGUUAUCAGAUCAGACUCCGACCCCAACAAGGUUCCUGAAGAACUGCGAGGAAGUGGGGCUCUUCAGUGAGCUGGACUGCUCCCUGGAGCAUGAGUUCAGGAAGGCGCAGGAGGAGGAGAGCAGCAAGCGGAACAUCUCGAUGCAUAAUGCCGUCGGUGGGGCCAUGGCGGGGCCCGGAGCUCACCAGCUCGGCAGCACGCGGAUGCCCAAUCAUGACACCAGCGUUGUGAUUCAGCAAGCCAUGCCGUCUCCCCAGUCCAGCUCUGUCAUCACACAAGCCCCUUCCACCAAUCGCCAGAUCGGGCCUGUCCCAGGCUCUCUAUCUUCUCUGCUACACAUCCACAACAGACAGAGACAGCCCAUGCCAGCCUCCAUGCCUGGGACCCUGCCCAACCCUACGAUGCCCGGAUCUUCCGCCGUCCUCAUGCCAAUGGAGAGACAAAUGUCAGUCAACUCCAACCUCCUGGGAAUGCAGGGCCCAACUCUCAGCAACCCCUGUGCUUCUCCUCAAGUCCAGCCGAUGCAUUCGGAAGCCAAAAUGAGGUUGAAGGCUGCGUUGACUCACCACCCUGCUGCCAUGUCAAACGGGAACAUGAACACCAUGGGACACAUGAUGGAAAUGAUGGGCUCCCGGCAGGACCAGACGCCGCACCAUCACAUGCACUCACACCCACAUCAGCACCAGACACUGCCAGCCCAUCACCCCUACCCGCACCAGCACCAGCACCCAGCGCACCAUCCCCAUCCUCAGCCCCAUCACCAGCAGAACCACCCGCAUCAUCACUCCCACCUCCAUGCACACCCGGCACAUCACCAGACCUCGCCCCACCCACCCCUGCACUCCGGCAACCAAGCACAGCAGGUUUCACCAGCCACGCAACAGAUGCAGCCCACUCAGACAAUACAGCCGCCCCAGCCCACUGGGGGGCGCCGGCGAAGGGUGGUGGAUGAGGAUCCAGAUGAGAGGAGGCGGAAAUUUCUGGAACGGAACCGGGCAGCCGCCACCCGCUGCAGACAGAAGAGGAAGGUCUGGGUGAUGUCACUGGAAAAGAAAGCUGAAGAACUCACCCAGACAAACAUGCAGCUUCAGAAUGAAGUGUCCAUGUUGAAAAAUGAGGUGGCGCAGCUGAAACAGUUGUUGUUAACGCAUAAAGACUGCCCAAUAACAGCCAUGCAGAAAGAAUCGCAAGGAUAUCUAAGUCCGGAGAGCAGCCCUCCCGCGAGCCCCGUCCCAGCCUGCUCCCAGCAGCAGGUCAUCCAGCAUAAUACCAUCACCACGUCCUCGGCGGUCAGCGAGGUGGUAGGAAGCUCCACCCUCAGCCAGCUCACCACUCACAGAACAGACCUGAACCCGAUUCUCUAAAAAUCAGGGGUCACACCUUGCCUCCAAGAAGAGCUGCCGCGUACCAUGCGUCCUUUCUUUUAAGGGCAUUUUUAGAAUUAACUCAGACCUGGAAGACUCCUCAGUUCUUCAAAGACUGGCUUUCAUUUUUAUAGUUAUUAUGGAAAUGUUGUCUUUUAUACUUAGUUAUAUAAGAAAAAAAGGGAGUUAUGCAAUUAAUAUCUAUCAGCUUGGGAAAUGCUUUGGUGCUUUUCUCCAGUUCUCUGGUACCGGUUACUUGUUUGUAAACUGAACUGUUUUCUGUAUAUAGUCAUGGUUUCAUUCUUGUCAGUCCUACCCUUUGCCUGGAACAUUGAAUCUUGUUAAACUGCAGCUUUUAGCCAAAAUGAGGCAUACUUAAUUGUCAGCAGAAGCAAGGGGACUGGGUGAGAAGCCUGAUGACAUCACAACACGUGUUGUGCUGUGAUGUCACCAGAAUCCCAGACGAACACAGAGCCUUUCCGCAACUUUGUUUCUCUUACUAUGAAAAAUCUGAAGAUCCACUGAUGUCCAAAAAGAGCCGCCAGGCAUCCCCCUCCUGCUCCUCUUGGUCCGCUUCCUCAAAUGCCUGAGUCCUCGCUCCAUUUCUACUCUUUCCUGGGCUCCCUGUUGAUGCUUCAUUUUUACCUUCUUCUUUUCUCUUUUCCCCCCUUAGCAUUGCAUGUAAAGAAGAAAAUAAUAUUUAAAGAAAAAUAAAAGCAAACCUCAGAAACGUGGGCCUGGCCAUUGCUUUCCUUGCCCUUGACCCACAGCUGGAGUUCAUUCAACCUUGCUUUUCACAAAAUAGUAACCAGAAGACGUUUAAUGUGCCUGAUUUAAUGUUUUUAAUAAUCAGAGCAAAGAAAAGGUGGCUUAGCCAUCGGUGAAGCACCGUUGAAGGCCAGCUGUGGAGACACCAGGGAAGGGUGCUGUGUGAGCCUCCAUUGUGAAUGUCCGA